GAAAUUAAUUAAUGUUUAAUAAUUUAAAUAAAUCAUCAUAGUUAGUCAUUCGAAAAUAUUACUAAAAGUUAUCAAGAACUUGUUGAGAUUUCUCAGUAGCAAUUAAUCAGUUAAUUAAUCACUAAUGAGGACUAUAUUUUUUUUAAAUUAAUAUAGAUUUAGAGCAUUCCAUAGUCUCUGUUAGAUUUUAUUAUUGACUUUAUGGCAUCAUAUACCUCGAAGUUUUUCUUGAUUUGCGGUUGCAGUUCUUUAGCACCUUUGUUGUAUUUUUUUUUAGUUUGCUCGGAAAGUGCAAGGCGGCAGGUAAUUAAAAAUAACUAAAAUGUGUCAAACCACUGUUGCUGAAUAGAAUUUCUCAGCCAACUCGACUGUCAAGUGGUUUCCUAACUGUUUCUUUUCUUUCGACUAUUUUUGAAUGGAAAUCGCUGGAGAGGCACAGCCCACAGCACCAAAUCGUAGCUACCCAUUUGGCCAAUGUCGAAUAUAGCCAAUUGGUAGUGGUGGGGGGAUUGGGAAGCCACUUGGAGUGGGUGGCUAGCGAGUGUGGUGUGUCCGGCAAUUCAGUGGCUCCGACCACGUCCAUCCACCUCAUUACGGAGGCAAGGCACACAGUCUUCGUUGUAUUUUUUUUUCUGCUGCUGCUGCUUCUCCUUUGGAUUUUUGCAUAUUGGUGCGGACGGACUUGGCUUGGCUGUGUGCCGUGUUGGCAAUAAAAUAUUAAACAAUAAUAAUAAAUAAAUAAAAUGACAUAGAGAGGCAAUCGAAAAAGCGGCAGAGAUCGUCGAGGGAGGAGAGAGAGACAGGGGCUUUAAGAUUUGGCAAUAUUUUUGAAUUUUAAUACAGAAGCGGUUAAAAUAAUACAUCAAUAAUAAAUUAGUAAUCUUGGUUGAUAAAAUCUAACAACUUUAAUUGACUUUCAAAUAGAAACCUUAAACCUUUGUUCAAAGAAACCAUUUUAAAACAGAAACCUCUUUUAAGUUUCUCCCAAUCACUUUUGAAAAAGUUCAAUACCAAGUCUGAUAGCAGCUAUUUUUUUGACCGCCACUGUACUGACAUUCACCUGCAUACACAUACCAUAUAGAAACCAUAUUCCCAACCAGAUCCACUCAAGAGAAGCCACUUGAGCCAUGGCAAAAGUGCUGAUCACGCUGAUCGUGUCGGGGAUUGCGCUCGUCUUGGCGGCUCCCGAGUUCGGAUGUGAUCUUGGCCAGCAUCGCUGCUCCAUCGACGUCACCGCGGAGGGCAAUGGCCGCCAGAUGGUCCGGCACAUUCCCUCCGACAUGAACAUCAUCCUGAAGUGCUAUCGUCCAUCGGCUCGGUGGUACUACCAGGACGAGUACCAACUGAAGGGUUCUACAAUCCAAUUGGAGCGAGCCCAACCGAGGCAGUCGGGGACAUAUAGCUGCCAGGUUAGCCAGAACCGUUGGUACAACAUAUCCCUAACGGUGGGCCACCAGGAGACCGUGCAAGACACCAACGACAUAGCCAGCUUCGCCAAGGUGGUCAGCUCCGAGCCGGAUGUGGAGUUUCAGCUGCUGAACUCCACCCAGAAGUCCUUGGAACUGCAGAAGCCACUGCCCCCAACGGCGCAGCGUACUGCCGGCACCCUCCUCCAGCUGGAUUGUUCUCCCACCGAUCCCGACGCUCUCCGGGUGAACAUCACCUGGCUGCACAACGACACCCAGAUCCCGGGCGGUCGAGGUCGCAUCAAGACCAACGGCUGGAGACUAAACGUGGGUCAGCUGCAGCCCGAGGAUGCCGGUAGCUAUCGGUGUCGACUGUGUUCGGAGCAGGGAUGCGUGCUGAGCACUGAAACCCAACUAGAAGUGGUCACCCGAAGUCACACCGUGCCCGUGCUGCGACCCGGCUAUCCCCACAACAUCACAACUGUGAUCGGAGAGCAUGUUAAGUUCCUGUGCCCGCUGGAGGACUCCACGCUGGCGCCGACGAUCAAGUGGCUGCACAAGGAGCAAGUGGAUAAUAUCGACGCUGUGCUGCAGGACCUGAAGGCCAACCCGUCCCCACCGAAAGACUUUCAACUCAUGACCACCCUGAAUGAUCAGCCGCAGGUUCUGGCCCUGGGCAAUGUCAACAUGGACGAUGCCGGCUGGUACAUUUGCAUUGCGCGGAAUCAGCUGGGAAGCACAGUGGGCGCCGCCUAUCUGGAGCUGCGCCAAUCGAUGGAAACAACCACUACGGUACGCAUGCCGCCGGCCAGCAAAGGUAGUACCACUGCCGCCACUCCCACAAAAGUGGGCACCGAUGAUGAUGCCUACGAGGCGGAGCCAGGUGACGGACCUCUGAAACAGGGUCCGCCCGUUUUUAAAAAGGAUCUACAGCCUCUGGAGCACAAAGUGGCGGGGAAGACCAUUACGCUGGCCUGCCCCGUUGAUCGGACAGCCAACAUCACAUGGACCAAGAACAACAAGGAGCUGUUCCGGCCCCAUGGCGUCUAUGUGCAAAAAAAGUGGAUACUUCGCUUCGAGGACGCCACCACCGAAGACUCUGGCACCUACAAGUGUCUCGUCUGCAACACCUUCGGUUGCAUCGACUUUAAGUUCAGCGUGAAGAUCUUCGAGCGCACCCGCUCCUCGCCCAUCAUAGUGGUGCCGAACAACCAGACCGUGCUGGUCAACAACAGCGUGGUGAUGGAGUGCUCCGUGCUGUCCGACCUGCAGCCCAAUGUCCAUUGGAUGCGCGUCAAGCCCCGCAACAUGUCCCACAGACUCGACGACCUGCAAGUUAUCGAACUGAACACCCCCGAGGUCAGCAAUCCCUUGAAGUUGAAACUGCAGAAUGUGACCCACGAUGACGAGGGCUGGUACACCUGUGUCGCCUCCAACUCCCUUGGGCAUUCCAACUCCAGUGUCUAUUUGCGGGUGGUGGACUACAUGCCCCACUUGGAGGUGUAUGCCCUGCUGAGGGCCCAUCCUCUGGGCUUCACGGUGGCGGGCAUCUCGAUUGUGGUUUUGUUUCUGUCGGGUAGCGCCUUUACGGUUUACAUGCUGCGUCGUCUUCGCCGGGAGAAGCUCUUGAAGCACCGCAUCGAAACUGUCCACCAGUGGACCAAGAAGGUGAUCAUCUACCGGCCAACCAGCGAGGAUCAGGGUAGCGCCUGCUGUGCCGGGGACUUGCAAAUACCCGUCAUUAGGAUUGAGAAACAACGCACCACAUUCUCCACCACGGAGUCGGGUGCUGAUCCCGCCCAGGGCUUUAACGAGUAUGAGUUUCCGCUGGACUCCAACUGGGAGAUACCGCGCCAGCAGCUACGACUGGGCUCCAUUCUGGGCGAGGGCGCCUUCGGGCGGGUGGUUAUGGCCGAGGCCGAGGGCCUGCCCAGGAGUCCCCAUCCCACCGAGACUAUUGUGGCCGUCAAGAUGGUCAAGGAGGAGCACACGGACGCGGACAUGGCUAGUCUGGUGCGCGAAAUGGAGGUGAUGAAGAUGAUCGGCAAGCACAUCAACAUCAUCAACCUCCUGGGCUGCUGCAGUCAAGGCGGCCCGCUCUGGGUCAUUGUCGAGUACGCCCCGCACGGCAACCUGAAGGACUUCCUCAAACAGAACCGACCAGGAGCGCCACAGCGCAGGAGCGACAGUGACGGCUACCUGGACGACAAGCCCCUGCUGCCCUCCCAGCAGCUGGGCGAGAAGGAGCUAACCAAGUUCGCCUUCCAGAUCGCCCGCGGCAUGGAGUACCUGGCCUCGCGACGGUGCAUCCAUCGCGAUCUGGCAGCUCGCAAUGUCCUGGUCAGCGAUGGCUACGUGAUGAAAAUCGCCGACUUUGGACUGGCUCGCGACAUCCAGGAUACGGACUACUAUCGAAAGAACACCAACGGCCGGCUGCCCAUCAAGUGGAUGGCACCGGAAUCGCUGCAGGAGAAGAAGUACGAUUCCCAGAGCGAUGUCUGGAGCUAUGGAGUGCUGCUGUGGGAGAUCAUGACCUACGGGGAGCAGCCGUAUCCGCACAUCCUGUCCGCCGAGGAGCUCUACAGCUACCUGAUAACGGGCCAGCGGAUGGAGAAGCCGCCAAAGUGCUCACUCAACAUCUACGUGGUGAUGCGACAGUGCUGGCACUUCGAGUCCUGCGCCCGUCCCACCUUUGCGGAGCUGGUUGAGAGCUUCGACGGCAUCUUGCAGCAGGCCAGUAGCAAUCCGAACGACGCCUAUCUGGACCUCUCCAUGCCCAUGCUGGAGACACCGCCCUCGUCGGGGGACGAGGACGAGGGCUCCGAUACCGAAACAUUCCGAGAGACUUCUCCCCUUAGAUACCAAUAUACGUAUAAGUUUAAUUAAAUUAAUAUUAUAAGGCGGCCAAGAACAACCAAAAACCAUAACUCCAAUCCGAUCCCAUCGAUACAAGAAUUAUUUUAUUUAAAAACUAAUUUCUCUAUUGCCUUCCAUCUCAGAA